AUGGCGAUUGUAAGGAAUGAUGGUGAUCAAAAUAGAGUUCGCAUUCAAGCAUCCAAUGGUUUAUUUCUGCAGGCAACAUCAGAGACACAAUUGACUGCAGAUUAUGGAGGCUCAGGUUGGGAAGAUGAUAAUCCAUCUGUCUUCAUAAUGACAAUAUUAAGUGACAAGACCUUAAGAGGUGAAUACCAACUCACAAAUGGUUAUGGUCCAGAUAAGGCUCCUCAAGUCCUGCAGGAUCACUGGAACAGUUACAUCACUGAAGACGAUUUCAGGUUCUUAUCAUUGAACGGCUUGAAUGCAGUGAGGAUCCCAGUUGGAUGGUGGAUUGCAAAAGAUCCAACACCACCUAAGCCUUUUGUUGGAGGCUCCUUGCAAGCCCUGGACAAUGCUUUCACAUGGGCACAAAACAAUGGGCUGAAGGUAAUUGUAGAUCUUCAUGCAGUUGAAGGGUCCCAAAACGGCAAUGACCACAGUGCAACUAGAGAUGGCUACCAGGAAUGGGGAGAUUCCAACAUACAAGACACUGUGGCAGUCAUAGAUUUCUUAGCAUCAAGAUAUGCUAAUCAUCCAGCUCUUGCAGCAGUUGAGUUAAUGAAUGAGCCUAUGGCACCUGGUGUCAAUCUAGACAGCCUCAAAAAUUAUUACAAAGCUGGUUAUGAAGCUGUACGGAAGCACACUUCAAGCGCUUAUGUGAUCUUAUCAAACAGAUUGGGACCUGCAGAUGCAAAGGAGCUUCUCUCAUUUGCCGGAGGCCUCGAUCGCGUAGCCAUAGACGUGCAUUUCUAUAGCCUGUACUCGGACAUGUUCAACAGCUUCAGUGUGCAACAAAAUGUGGAUUUCAUCUACAACCAACGAGCUUCUGAUCUCGAUGCUGUGACCACUUCCAAUGGACCCCUCACUUUUGUUGGAGAAUGGGUUGCAGAAUGGGCGAUAAAUGGAGCGUCAAUAGAAGACUACCAGAGAUUUGCAAAAGCCCAAAUAGAUGUUUAUGGGCGUGCUACUUUUGGAUGGGCAUAUUGGGCUUACAAGUGUCAAUACAAUCACUGGGAUCUUAAGUGGAUGAUCGAAAAUAACUACAUAAAACUCAAUUAGAUCAGUCAUAUUCUAAUUGUAACAUAAACAAGAGAGCUGUUAUUGGCACUCUAAAGGGAUGAGCGCGUGAUGACUUUUUGGAAUGCCAAUAACAGUUUCCUAUAAAAA